UCUCUAAAAAUCAGAACAUCCCGCAGAUCCGCCAUUGGAGAGAGAAAAGGAAGAAACGAAUCCCACUUUACAAAAAGCACAUGGAAAAAUUCGUACAAGUAUAAACAUCUGUGCUGAACUCCAUUCGAUUCGGGUUGAUUUUUCGAGGAAAUUAAGAACCGAAUCGGAUCCUGUGUCGUAGCGGGUGCAUAUUUGUUUAACAACGUUAGUGCCGGUCGGCGAUGUCGUCCGGUGGUACGAACAGCUCAACCAACAGUAGUCCGAGACAACCGCCUCUGGUCGCGCUGCCCACGAAGACCAGACGACGCGUCGCUGACGGAGUCAUGGAAGCCGGCGAGCGGCUCCCGACGAGCACCCUCCCUCCCGAAAACAACAUUGUCUUCGACGACGACGACGAUGUGGAAAACGACAGCCUCCUCGACGGAACAAUAUGCGGGCCCCACCACGUCCUCCACCACAACCACAACCAUUAUUCGCACCACCCCGUGAUGAAGUACCUCCUGCUCCGUCGGCGGCUAUUAUUCUGCGUGCCCGACACGUGGCUUCUCCCGAUCGAGGACGGGUUUCUAUGGACGGUCGCGAUGUUGCAGUCGCUGAGAUCGGGGCGGAACGUGGGCCGCAAGAUCUUCGGGGCGCUGCUUUUGUUGGCGGUUAUCUCCUUGUUCGUGAAGUUCUCGUUCUUGAGCAGCCACGUCGAGGUGGUUAGGGACGCUGCGAAGAGGACGGAAGGCCAGCUUUUGAUUCUGAAGACGGUGAAAGACGAUUGGUUGGUGGCGCAGCGGGCCGUCGCCGAGAACCAGGAAUCCAACUCCAUGCCGAAACGUGUUUUGGAGAGGUUGUUGGAAACCGAAUCCUCCACCAAGUUCAAGCGACUUCUCGAGCAGUUGCCUACCCCAGAAAUUUGGAGGAAACCCAACAGCGACAAUUUUGAUAAAUGCAUAGCUCGACCCAAGAACCGAAUAAGAACAGCAUCGAAAACGAAUGGUUAUCUGCUUGUCCAUGCCAAUGGUGGAUUGAAUCAAAUGAGAACAGGGAUAUGUGAUAUGGUAGCCGUUGCAAAGAUAAUGAAUGCUACCCUGGUUCUUCCACUACUGGACCAUAAGUCUUUUUGGACGGAUCCAAGUGAUUUUAAAGAUAUAUUUGACUGGAGGCACUUCAUGAAAGUAUUGAAAGAUGAUAUUGAUAUUAUUGAGUAUUUGCCGACCAAAUAUGCAGCCGUGAAGCCUCUUCUGAAGGCUCCGGUCUCUUGGUCGAAGGCGAGAUACUACAGAAGCGAGAUGAUCCCGUUGUUAAAGAAGCAUAAGGUUAUAAAGUUUACACACACGGAUUCCCGACUUGCUAACAAUGGACUUGCAUCCUCCAUCCAAAAGCUGAGGUGCCGUGCAAAUUACGAGGCCCUCCAGUAUACAAAGGAGAUUGAGGAUCUUGGGAGAGUUUUGGUUGACAGACUGAGGAACAACAGCAAUCCUUAUAUUGCUCUUCAUUUGAGAUAUGAGAAGGACAUGCUUGCCUUCACCGGCUGCAGCCACAACCUCACAGCAGAGGAGUCCGAGGAGCUUCGGGUUAUGAGGUACAGCGUCAAACAUUGGAAGGAGAAAGUGAUCGAUAGUGAAGAACGAAGGCUCCAAGGCGGAUGCCCAUUUUCACCAAGAGAGGCUACUCUAUUCCUUAAAGCCAUGGGAUACCCUUCGACGACUACGAUCUACAUUGUCGCUGGCGAGAUAUAUGGCAGCAACAGCAUGUCUGCUUUUCGCGCUGAGUAUCCGAAUGUCUUCUCGCACAACACGCUUGCAACAGAAGAAGAGCUAGAGGCCUUCAAGCCAUACCAAAAUCGCCUUGCAGCCUUGGAUUAUAUAGUAGCAAUGGAGAGUGAUGUCUUUGUUUAUACUUACGAUGGUAAUAUGGCAAAGACAGUGCAUGGACAUAGGAGGUUUGAAGGAUUUCGGAAGACUAUCAACCCUGACAGACAAAAUUUUGUUCAACUUGUCGAUCAGUUGGAUAAGGGAGCAAUAUCAUGGGAAAAUUUUUCGUCUUCGGUUAAAAAUCUGCAUUCUGACAGGCUCGGAGCACCAUAUGCUAGACAGAUCGGAGAGUCACCAAGGUUGGAGGAGAACUUCUAUGCAAAUCCCUUUCCUGGUUGCAUCUGUAACAAGAUGCAGGAGCGAAUGUCUAGCGUGAAGUCUGAUGAGAGAAGAAGUAUGAGUGUUUUGUCACAAAGAUAAGGCAGUAGGAUGGAGAAUGAAUGUGGCUAGCUCAUGCUGUAGAAAAUACUACACAAUGUCACAUUACCAUAGCUCAAAAUGGCAGCUGAAAUGGUGGGCUUUUGAAAGAAGUGCUUUUUCGCUCGGUCUCAGAAACUGUGCUUGCUAUGCAUGGUCGAGAAGUUUUUAUGGGUUCGCUUGUGAUUUGCAAUGCAAGUUUCGGUUUAUGAUGAAAUCAGAUUGAGAAGGCAUUUGAGAUUGCAGGGAAGGUGGAGCUCGAGUAGUUUGAUUGGCAUAGAGACCUCUUGCCGUUGUCAGAAAUGGAGCUGCCAUAGCAAUUCAUUGAUUCAAUUAUUCUUUCUUCGAUUUAGUCUAAAAAAAGAGAGCUUCGCGAUGAAUAUGAAUGUAAUUUUUCGUACAUAACCUAUAAUAGAAAGAAGUUUCAUACA